UGAUUAUGAUUAUAGAAUGUUAACGCAGGAGCAGAGGACAUUGAUAUAAAAGCGCCCUAAAGUAAUUGUUGUUUACUUCCCCUUUACCAGAUGAUUGUAAAUGUUAAGGAGAAACAUAAUUGAAGAAACUUGUUCGAGAAUCAUAUAUUUCGCCAACAAGCAGUCGUUGAAAGAUGGACUCUGCAUCCACAGCCCCAUGCUCAAAUUGGGCGUUCGGGAUAAUCUGCUGCUCACCAACAACCUGCUGUCUUUAUACGUCAAAUGCUGCGGUGCCCAGCACGCCCGCCACCUGUUCGACGAAAUGCCGCACAGAGAUGUUGUUUCCUGGACAUCGCUAUUAUCCGCAUAUGUAAAAGAUGGGAACCACCGCGAAGCCCUCGCCUUCUUCGACUUCAUGAAGAGUUCCGGUGAAAACCCAAAUGAGUUCACGUUUUCGAAUGUACUAACAUCAUGCCGUGCAUUGGGGGAUUUCGUUUAUGCCACUAGAGUUCAUGCAUCUCUAAUAAAGCAUGGUUUUGGAUCCAAUACAAUCUUGUGCACUAGUUUGAUCGACUUGUAUUCGCAGCGGGGUAUGUUACGAGAUGCAGUUCAAGUGUUUGAUGGCGUGGCAAAUGUGGAUAGCAUUUCUUGGACAGCAAUGAUUUCUUCAUUUGUGCAGGCUGGGAGCUGGCUUCAGGCUGUGAGAUGUUUCAUUCGUAUGAUAGACAACGUGGUGCCUCCAAACGAGUACACGUUUGUGAAGCUUUUAGUUGCUUGUAGUUGCCUUGGGAUUGAUCAUGUUAAGCUGAUUCACUCACAGUUGAUAUUAUGGGGUGCUCCGCUGAAUCUGGUCUUGAAAACGGCUCUUGUUGACGCGUAUGCGAAGUGCCAACAGAUGGAGGAAGCUUCGAAGGUCUUGAAACAGACAUCUGAACAAGAUGUUCAGCUGUGGACUACUGUGAUUUGUGGCUUUACCCAAAAUAUGAGCUUCUUGGAUGCUGUUACUGCAUUUAGACAUAUGGUGGGGAAUAAUAUUGUUCCCAACGGAUACUGUUACGCUGGAAUCUUGAAUGCUUGCUCUUCGGCUCAAUCUCUGCUGCUGGGAAGACAGAUACACGCGCAGGUUAUCAUGGCAGGGUUGGAGAACGACGUUUCUUUGGGGAAUGCUCUGUUAGAUCUCUAUGCAAAGUGUUCCGAUGCUGUUGCAGAUGUCAAACGUGUGUUCGAGGGGAUAGCUUUGCCAAAUGUGGUAUCUUGGACCACCUUAAUUGCUGGUUUGGCUGAACAGGGUCUUCCAAAUGAGUGUUGUCUAGCAUUUCUCGAGAUGCGCCUUGAGGGUCAGCAACCGAAUUCCUUCACUCUCUGGAGCGUGCUUCAAGCUUGUGGUGCAACGGGGUCUGCAAAUGACACAGGAAAGGUCCAUGGAUUCAUUAUCAAGACCAAUGCUGAUCAUGAUAUAGCUGUUGUGAAUGCUCUUGUUGAUGCUUAUGCAGGGCUGCACAUGGCCGCCUGUGCGCUGAGAUUAGUGAAGGGGACGAGUAGCAGAAAUGUCGCGACAUACACUGUACUCGCCUCAAAACUGAAUCGGAUAGGGCAACAUCGACUGACUCUAGAGAUCAUCAACCACAUGCGUGAUGAUGGUCUACGAAUAGAUGGGUUUGUCAUAUCCACUUUCUUAUCCGCAUCGACCAACUUAGGUGCUGCACGAAGUGGAGAGCAGCUCCACGGCUACGCCAUCAGAUCUGGAUUCGCAGGGUGGAUAUCAGUUUUAAAUGGUUUGAUCAACUUGUAUGGGAAAUGCCGGUGCGUGGCUGAAGCUGAGAGAGCUUUCACUGAGGUAUGCCAGCCAAAUACCAUUUCAUGGAACGCGUUGAUGCAUGGUUUCGCUCUGAGUGGAUGUACAGCGUCGGCUCUCUCAACAUUGGAAGACAUGAGAUUAGCAGGAGCCAGGCCUGACUCUGUUACACUGAUGAUGGUGCUAUAUAUAUGCGGUGAGGGUGGUUUGGUAGAUUUGGCCUUGGACUACUUCCAUUCGCUGAGGCGUUUAUACGAUAUAAAGCCUCGAUUAAAUCACUACAGCUUGUUGGUUGAUCUUCUUGGAAGAGCUGGCCGGUUGGAAGAGGCUGUGGGCAUGCUCAACUCCAUGCCCUUGAGGCCUAAUGCAUUGAUUUACAAGAGGCUGUUGCAUUCCUGCAGAUUGCAUCGGAACAUGCUUCUCGCGGAACAAUUGGCGAGGAAAGGCCUUGAGCUCGACCCUUGUGAUCUUGAGUUCUAUCAUCUUCUUGCAACAAUAUACGAUGAAGGCGGGCGGUCUGAUUUAGGGGAUACGAUGCGUAGUCUCGUAAAAGAGGGAGGAGGUAUGAGGAAGAAUGCUACGAGGCAACGGCCUAUGGUUGAAAUGAAUCUAUCAAGCUCAUGGCAACAAAAAUGUAUUGAGUCCAGGAUUCCUGGCAUGUCUCUGACUCUGAGCAAUGAAGAAUAAUGUAUUUCUGGCAUAUUUAAGGUCAAGUUAUUUUUUUGAGUUUAAUAAAUCAAAACAAGCAAACUUUACUUCACCUUAGAGCAAUUCUUCUCAACACCACCAAAUUCCUACUCAAAAUCAGUGCACAGCCGAGUUGCUUAUCUUAGCAAAAUACAAAGCUCACAUCAAUUAUGCCACCCAUAAAUAGGGAGCUUUCGUACACAAGGCAAGAAGUAUUCCUAUAAGAGUUGCUUAUUUGCACCCAGAUGUUGUAAAAAAGACAAAACAAACGAGUUUGAUGGGAAAGCUCAUCUAGUUUAUUAACUAAAUAAAACGGGAGCUUUUGUCAAGACGAUCACAACAAUAUCAAGGGGAAAAACGAAAUGUCGUGAGAGAGCAUAAACAAGAGACAAGGGAUCUGACAGUGAAAGCAGACAGAUCAAACUCCAGCAGUUGAAGUUGCUUGACCUAUAACCAACUAGGCACCGAAGCAAACUACUUUGCCGGUGCUUCACCCGAUGAAACUGCAGGAGUUUCCUCUUUAGAGCUUGGAAGAACAUCCUUCAAAGAUCCAGUGUCAAUAGCUGCCAGCGUCUUGUAGAACUCCUCGGGGAGGGGACCAGGUCGAUGCAAAGGGACAUGCUUCGGAACUGGAGCAUCAUUUUCUACGACUUCACAUUCAUAAUCUUCAGGAACAUCCCAUGGGUUCCACUC